AUGAACAAAUACCAAAGUGAUGUAGAAAUAAGUAAAAGACUAUCGUAUCUUCUUCGACAUGGAGCAAUUAAAGAAAGAAUUCCAAUUACAAAUGAUGGAUGGGUAAUAAUUAAAGACUUAUUAAAUAAUAGACAAAUGAAAGGAGUUAGUGAAGAAAAAAUAAUAAGUAUUGUGGCAAAAGACCAAAAGAAAAGAUAUUCAAUUGAAGGGGAAGGAGAAGAAAAGAGAAUUAGAGCGAAUCAAGGACAUUCAAUGAAAGUUGAAGUAGCAAUGAAAGAGAUAACAGAUGCAACAUUAUAUCCAGUUGUAAUUCAUGGAACAUAUAUGAAACAUCUUAAUUCAAUAAUCAAAAAUGGAUUACAAAAAAUGGGAAGACUUCAUAUUCAUAUGGCACAAGGACUUCCAAAAGAAAUAAAAGAAGAACAAAGUGGAAUGAGAAGUACAUGUAAUAUAGUAAUUUAUAUUGAUAUUGAAAAAGCAAUGAAAAAAGGAAUAAAAUUUUAUGAAAGUGAGAAUGGAGUUAUUUUAAGUGAAGGACCUAUUGAUGCUAGUUGUUUUAAAGAAAUACGAAGAUAUCCAUCAUUAACAAUAGUUUCAAUAAAGUGA